AUUUAAAAAUGUUUAAAAUACAUAUUUAAAAAUAAAAUCCCUUGUUAUAUUUCGCCCCCCAAAAUAAAAAGAGCUACAUUUACUUACAAUAAUGUCAGUAAUGGCCCUCACAAAUUUCAGUAGCAUACUGUAAUGUGAAAAAAAAUGUUCUCAUUACUAUAUCAAAAAAAUAUGUUUCAAGUACAUUUGUAAAGAACAAUUGUGUACAUCAUGAUAGUAUUUGUACUUUAGUAUCUGCUUAUUUUAUAAAAUAUUUGCUUUUUUAUAAAAAUUGUCAUUAAUGUUACAAUGCAAAAAAAAAAAAAAAAAAACCUUUCUAAUCAUAAAAGUUAUUUUUAUUUUAAAAAUAUAUAUAAUAAUUUUGAAUUUUAAAAAAAAUAUAACCUGGACAUUUCUUUGCGAGAUUCAUCCAAACACUUCCAUCAGGAAAAACAAAACGUGCAAAAUCAUGUUCAACAAAAACAAAAAGUUCUUUGUUAAUUGUAUUGUUCAGUUUUUCAUUGUAUGCCCAAGUGUAAAGUAUCCUACACAUAAUCACUUUAAUGGUGCUUUUGGAGAGUCCCAACUUGCAGCGCGAUGUGAUUAUUAAAUUCAUAAGAGGCAAAAAUUCCUCUCGAGACCAUUUACCCAUCACACCUGGGUUUUUUGUUGUCCAUGUGCAUGCUUACAGCUACACCAUUCGCAUGUGAGCAAACAUCUUAAGAACAAGUCUCACGGGAAUCAUUGCCAUAUGAGGCGAAACAGUGAAAAGAUCUGAAGUUCUCCGACUUUUGUCUAGUUUCACAGCAGCAUCAUAAUCAUGAACAACACCUCAGUGUGCUGCACUUAUGAAACACCCAUGCUGGACCAAUACCUUCCCCCUGUAAUGUUCACGGAAUUCAUAUUGGGCCUUAUGGGGAAUGUCCUCGCCCUCUCGAUGUUCUUCUACCACAGGGACACCUGGAAGCCCAAUUCUAUUUAUCUUGCCCAUCUAGCUCUGGCGGACUCAUUGGUCCUUUUCUGCCUUCCAUUCAGGGCCGACUACUACCGCAGGGGCAAGAACUGGGUCUACGGAGACGCUUUUUGCCGUAUUUUGCUGUUUCUUUUGGCCACCAACAGAGCUGGCGGUAUAUUCUUCCUCACUGCCGUCGCCGUGGAUCGGUACCUGAAGAUCGUCCACCCUCUCAACCGCAUCAACCGCAUGGGUCUGCGCUACGCCCUGUGGGUGUCUCUUGGCCUUUGGGUUCUUAUCAUAGCCAUGACUGCCUACCUGUUAACAGAUGAACAUUUCUACUAUCUAAACAACCACACGCAGUGCGAGAGCUUCAACAUCUGCUUUGGGAGUAAUUCACGGUUCACCUGGCACAAUGUGUUCUACGUUAUCCAGUUCUUUGUACCCACGGCCAUUGUAAUCUACUGCACAACCUGCAUUACAUGGCAGCUGAAGAGUAAGACGGUGGACAAACAGGGCAAAAUAAAGAGGGCGGUGCAGUUUAUUUUAGCAGUGGCUGUGGUUUUCAUUAUAUGUUUCUUCCCGAGCAACAUCUCACGUAUCGCCAUGUAUGUGCUGAAGCUCUGGUAUAAUGAGUGCCACUAUUUCUUUGAGGCAAAUGAUGCAUUUAAAACCACUGUCUGCUUUACCUACUUCAACAGCGUGCUCAAUCCCAUCGUCUAUUACUUUUCAAGCCCCGCGUUCAGUGGAUCCUUUCGGAGAAUCUGCAUGAAACUUUUAGGAAAGAAAAUUGAGGAAUAAUUAUAGUUCUGUGACAAUAUUCAGGUAGACACUGUCCCUGUCCCAAAUCCUAAGAUCUCGCAGUUCAUCAAAAAGUCCACAGUUUGGCAAAAGUGCUGGUGAGCAUGUUACUAAAGCCUAAAAUGACACAUUGGACACUCUACAGUCUCAUGGACUUAUACACUUGCACGCAAUCACAAAAAAAGUGAACAUAAAGGGUGCCGUUUGGGACAGGGCCACAGUGUGGUUUUGACAUUAUACAGUAGGAUAUAUAUUCAUUUAAAUGUAAACGAUGCCUGACAAUAUAUAUUCGUGUAACGCAUCUAUGUGAGACAACCUUCAAAAAAUGUACUAACCAAAACGGUACACAUUAUAUAUAUAUGAAUUUUUCAUCACAAUGAAGGAAAAAAAAAAAUAUAUAUAUAUAUAUUAUAUAUUUAUAUUAUUUCUAAACAUUUAUUGGAUAUUUUUCACUGUCUGUUUGGAAUACUGACUUGUUUCUGGUUAUUCAAUGCUCCAUAAAUAUGAUUAUCACUUUAUAUAGCCUUUUCAGUGCAGUAAACAUAUUUAUUUGUAAUAAUCUCCCUAAGCUUAUGACUACAUUAAAACAUUUUCUACUGCAUAGGCAAAAUAAAUCAAUAAAGCUU